AUGGCUACUGCAAAAAAAGUCAAGCUUGAUGUCCGAUCAUUUCAGUCGUCAUGGACAAAUGACUUUGGAUUUAUUCAGCAGAAUGACCGUGCUGUGUGUGCUCUCUGCUGCGAGAAUGUCGUAUGCCGCACAUCAAGUGUUAAAAGACAUUUCGAAACAAAGCACGAAAAGACUUUCAAGGAUAGUGCUGACAAAGCUGAGGCGAUCAAGAAAGCAGUAUCCCGCUAUGGAAAACAGAGUAAUGUGUUUAAAAACUUGAGUGCUAGCAAAAGUAAUGAAACUGAGGCCAGUUACAAACUAGCUCUGUAUUGCUAA